AUGGGGAAAACUUUUCUUUCGUUCGAAGAAAUGCGAACAAUGUUGGUUGAAAUAGAAUCGACUUUGAACAACAGACCACUAACAUACGUUUACGAUGACAAUGAAGGUGUUUCGCUUCCAUUGACUCCGUCCUGUCUCAUAUACGGAAGAAGAAUAGCGACAACUCCAAAUGAUUCACAGUUUGAGAUCUCAAGUACGAAUCAAUCGCUCACAAAUCGAGCGAAGCAUCAAAAUCGAGUGUUAAAGAACUUUACAACGCAAUGGAAGAAAGACUAUUUGUUAAGUUUACGAGAGUCGUCAAAGGCACAAUCCAGAGGUGCUGAGAUAAUAUCUGUUGGAGAUAUUGUAGUCCUGAAGAACGAAAGUACUGCACGUAUUUUCUGGAAACUGGCGAAGGUUGAGGAACUUAUUACAAGCAAAGAUAACAUUGUGCGAUCAGCGAAAGUCGGUGUUUUGGAUGAAGCUAACAAGAAGAUUCAGCUGCGAAGACCCAUUCAACAUUUGGUUCCGCUUGAAAUAAGCUGGAAGAACAUGACAUAG